CCACUAUUUAACCGCACGACGGCCGCGCAACGACCUGUUGUGAUCCCGUCAUGGCGCGCUACGCCCGUGUCGCUACUUUGGCCGCGUGUCUCUUGUUCGCCUGCGCGGUUGCCGAGGGGCACAGAUGGCGGCGGCAAGCGGACGAGUCGCCGAAGAAAGACGACAGCCUGGAACAAGAGCUAUGCAAGGACAAGGACGCCGGAGAGUGGUUCCGGCUGGUGGCCGGCGAGGGCGACAACUGUCGCGACGUCAUCCAGUGCACCGCCUCGGGCAUUCAAGCUAUUCGUUGCCCAGCCGGUUUGUACUUCGACAUUGAGAAGCAGACUUGUGACUGGAAGGACGCCGUAAAGAACUGCAAGCUGAAGAACAAAGAGCGCAAAGUCAAGCCUCUCCUGUACACCGAGGAGCCCCUCUGUCAAGACGGCUUCCUGGCCUGCGGAGACUCCACCUGCAUAGAGCGUGGACUGUUCUGUAACGGCGAGAAAGACUGUGCUGACGGCUCUGAUGAAAAUUCUUGUGAUAUCGACAACGACCCGAACAGGGCUCCGCCUUGUGACCCCUCGCAGUGCGUGCUGCCUGACUGUUUCUGCUCAGAGGACGGCACCGUCAUUCCUGGUGACCUUCCCGCAAGAGAUGUCCCCCAAAUGAUCACCAUCACCUUCGACGACGCCAUCAACAACAACAACAUUGAACUGUACAAAGAGAUCUUCAAUGGAAAACGCAAAAAUCCCAACGGUUGCGACAUCAAGGCUACAUACUUCGUUUCGCACAAAUACACCAACUACUCAGCUGUUCAUGAAACUCAUCGUAAGGGACACGAAAUUGCGGUUCACUCAAUCACGCACAACGAUGAUGAACGCUUCUGGAGCAACGCAACUGUUGACGACUGGGGUAAGGAAAUGGCUGGCAUGAGGGUCAUCAUUGAGAAGUUCUCCAACAUUACUGACAACAGCGUAGUAGGUGUACGUGCUCCUUACCUGCGUGUGGGUGGAAACAACCAAUUCACCAUGAUGGAAGAACAGGCUUUCUUAUACGACAGUACCAUCACGGCACCAUUGUCCAACCCACCUCUAUGGCCAUACACCAUGUACUUCAGAAUGCCUCACCGGUGCCACGGAAACUUGCAAAGCUGUCCUACUAGAAGCCACGCUGUAUGGGAAAUGGUAAUGAAUGAGCUCGAUCGUCGUGAAGACCCUACCAACGACGAAUACCUUCCUGGAUGCGCUAUGGUAGACUCUUGCUCUAACAUUUUGACUGGAGAUCAAUUUUACAAUUUCCUAAAUCACAACUUUGACCGUCACUACGAACAAAAUCGUGCACCUCUUGGUUUGUACUUCCACGCUGCUUGGUUGAAGAACAAUCCCGAAUUUUUGGAAGCUUUCUUGUACUGGAUCGAUGAAAUUCUGUCCAACCACAAUGACGUUUAUUUCGUCACUAUGACCCAAGUGAUCCAAUGGAUCCAGAACCCACGCACAGUCUCAGAGGCCAAGAACUUCGAGCCCUGGAGGGAAAAGUGCGCUGUGGAAGGCAUUCCCUCUUGCUGGGUACCACACUCGUGCAAGCUGACUUCCAAGGAGGUUCCCGGAGAGACCAUCAACCUGCAGACGUGCCUGAGGUGCCCGGUCAACUACCCCUGGCUCAACGACCCCACGGGCGACGGCCACUAUUAAAGCGCCACGAUCUCGGGCCUUAGCGCUCUAAACUUAGUUGAUAUAAAAAUUGCGGUUGAGAGGUUGCAUGGGUGACAUAUUUGGGGUUUGUUUUCGCUACAAGAUAUAGAGGUAUUCGUUAAAACAUUGGACAAUUACGUAAUAAGUCUGAAUGUGUUUCCCUGUAAUUUCAUGUGUACCGGGUCAUAAUCCCGUCCGUAGUCUAAGUACCUACCUGUAUGUAAUAUAGACUCGCAUAAAUAUUUAAUAGGUCUGUUUAAUACUUUAUGUGAUUUUCUAAUGUAAGUCUGUUUGAAAAAUUUAAAAAUACAAAACACAAAAUAUCA